AUCCUAUUCAAGAGAAAACUGGGCUUUAAAUCAAAUAUAUCAAUAUGUGAUGGCUAUUCCGAUCCCAUCUGUUUAUGCCGACUUGCUGGCCCCAUCUUCUGUUUUCCGCAGGUGAUCCCUCCUGGUCAGCCCAGUUGGAGAGAUGAGAAAUACAGAGGCUGUUUCACUUGUCGCAUCUGGCAGUUCGGACACUGGGUGGAGGUCACCAUAGACGACCGCCUGCCUUGCUUGGGAGGGAAACUCUGCUUCUCCCAGUGCCAGAUGGAGGAUGUGUUUUGGCUCCCGCUGCUGGAAAAAGCUUAUGCCAAGGUACAUGGCUCUUAUGAGCAACUCUGGGCCGGGCAAGUUGCAGAUGCUCUUGUGGAUCUCACCGGAGGCUUAGCAGAAAGGUGGACCCUAAAAGACCCCGGGCGAAGCACAGAGAGGGAGAGGGCAGGCAAAGUCUUGGAGAAAUCAGUCUUUAGGAGACUGAUGAACCUCAAGGAGAAAUGCGUUAUGAGCUGCUCUGUCUUCAGCUCACGGCAAGGGACCAGCGAAUUGGGGGAGUUCCAUGCCUUCAUUGUGGUUGACAUGCAAGACCUCUCCAAAGUGUCCAGGAAAGAUGUUAUCCUGCUGAGGAUACGCAACCCUUGGGGAAGACGUUGUUGGAAAGGGCCUUGGAGGGAAGGGUGA